AUGGACUGGAAUUUUGAGAAGUUGAAGUUUAUCAAACUCUGCCAUUCUCAAAACAUUGUGGAGACCCCAGACCUUGUAGGCGUUCAGAAUCUUGAGAGUUUAGAUCUUGAAGGAUGUGAGAAUUUGGUAAGAGUCUAUCAAUCCCUUGGAUUUCUCAAAAAGCUUAUUGUCCUGAAUCUUAAAGGUCUCGAGAGUCUGCCAAGUAGAAUUGAAAUGGAAUCUCUUGAAAUAUUAAUUAUUUCUAGCUGCUUAAAAGUUAAGAAGAUUCCUGAGUUUGUUGGAAAUAUGGAACGUUUGUCGGUGCUUUAUCUUGAUGAGACUGCCAUUGUGGAACUGCCUGUGUCAAUUGAACGGCUAAAUGGCCUUGUGUCAUUGAAUCUGAGCAACUGCAGAAAUCUUGUAAAUGUGGGGGAGAUGGACUGUUUUGAGGAAAAUGAUGUGAAUAGUGGUUCUGCAAUAGAAAUGUCAUCUACCCAUGAUCUCAUAAAAUAUGUGAGAGGAUCAGUCUUUCAUGGAUGCGAAGUAGUUUGGGGAUCUGUAAAUAAGUUCUUGCCUUCUGGAUUGCUGCAAAAAGUAAAUACAAAGCCAAUGAGUAUCCGCUUGCCUAUAUCUGGUCUGUGUAAUUUAACAUAUCUGAACCUAAGUAAUUGCAAUCUUGGUGAAGGAGCAUUUGCCAAUGAAUUUGGUUACUUUCCUUCUUUGGUGACCUUGAAUCUAAGUGGAAACAAUUUUGUUCGUCUUCCUUCAGGCAUUGGAUUGCUUUCUAAGCUUGAGAACUUUAACUUGGAGAAUUGCAAGAGACUUCAAGAGUUGUCAGACCUACCAUCAAAUAGUAUACUGGAUUUAAGGGCGGAUGGAUGCAAUAACAUAGCAUUUGAAAUGCUGAAGACAUUCAUUUAUCAGGCAAUCUCCAAUAAGAGGGAAACUUUUCAAAUUGUAAUUCCUGGAAGUUAUAUUCCUGACUGGUUCAACCAUUGGAGUUUUGGGUGUUCAUUAAGUAUAUCUUUACCUGCACAUUGGAAUAACAGUCAGUUUAUGGGAUUUGCUUUGUGUGCGGUUUUUGUACUCCAUGAGCACCAACGGGUGGAUGAGCUUUAUACAUAUGAAUUUAAGACUUUUAAUGCAACACAUCAUCUUGUAUGUUGCCUGAAGCUUGAUGGAAGAGAAUUGGGUGUAUAUGGCAGACAGCCUGCAUUUCGCUUUAGUGAAAAAUUUUGCCAGGUUGAGUCAGAUCAUCUGUGGCUAUUCUAUGUAUCUCGUGAUAAAUACUUUGGUAUAGAGUGGUGGCCUAACAGUUCCAGUCAGGUUGAGUUCUUAUUUGAAACCAGAGGGCCAGGUCUGAUGGUGAAGGAGUGUGGAGUCCAUCUGAUAUAUGAGCAAGAUGUGCAAGAAUUGAACCAAACAACCACUCAAUGA